AUGAGCACACGAGACAGGAUAACCGAACCUCCAUCAUCAUCACGAACAUCAAGUUCUACAACAUCCAAUCGGAGAGCUCCUACUUCCUCUCAUCAUGGAGCUCCAAUGAUAUCUGGAUCGGUUACCUCAAGAAAGGGGUCAAAACACCGAAAAUCUGAAUCAUCUAAGAAAGGUUUCGGAAAGAAAAAUGGAGGUACAUCAGUUUCUGUUCAAGGACUGAAGAAACGGUUUCAAAGCUUGUUGAUAAAAACCAAGGAAAGCUUUGAUGCUGUAGACCCAAUUACAAAGCAAGUCCGAAACCCUUCUGCUUUAUUUUCGAGCCAGACUUCAACAGAUCCAACAAGUUCUUAUCAAUCGGGAAAUAUCUCACCUUCAUCAGCAAGUGAAUCAAUGUCAGAUUUCGAUAGGGUGUCAUCUUACAGUUUCGGACGAGAACAUCAAGGAUCAACAAGCCAAACAGGAUCUUCAAGCCCAUCUGUUGUGAGCGAUGACGAUGAAUCUGUGGGUUUUGGAGCAGCAGAUGAUGCCUUCAGCACAACAGGCUCCGUGGAAAUGAGUGUCUCUGUUCUGAACCAAGAAUUGGAUUUGCCAACAAAUGAAUUUAAAAGAUUAUCGGAAUCGCAACCCACACAAUCGGAGUCAAUGGAUAUUCCACCAAAACAAUUGGAGCUUUUGCAAGAAAUAGAUUUUACUGUCACAUUAACAGAAACUGAAACAUUUUUCUUGUUCGAUAAAUAUGAUGAAAGUGUGAAAGUGGAUGAUCCAAAGAUUGAAGAAAUUAGAGAGAGAAAUAGAGUCUACAAAGAGCUGAUUAAAAAUAAGGAGAACAACAAAGAUAACUAUGUGGAAAAGCAUGUACAAACAAUGGGAAAAUUUUAUAAGAACAAGCGUACAAAUACAUCAAAGACUGAAUAUGAAAAUGUGGACGUUCAAGUAUCUGCAUUUCAAAUAUUUGACGAUUAUCAAGACAUUCGAGAAAGGGAAGAAAGAGAAAAAGAGGAAAGAGAAAUAAUGACUUCUCUCUCCAACAAACAUGAUGAAGAGGAAGAAGAGGAAGGAGAUCUUGAAGAUGACGGAGCUGACGAUUCCAGCAUUGGAAGUGGACCGAGAUUAGCAAAUAUUACGAGAGCUGUUAAUGCAUAUCAAGAGCUAGUCAUCAGUCGAGCUUUGGUCCAAAACUUAUAUCACAACAAACAGAGAAAAUACAUUUAUAUUGAAGACGAAAAAACAGAGACAGUUCAGGAAGUACCUCCUAUAUCCGUUCCCCAAAAACAAGUCAAAGAGGAGGAGGUGUUAGAAACUCCAAGGAGCAUUGACAUCGAGAAUGAUGAACCUGAAGCUCUUGAAAUGAAGGAAGACCAGAAAGAAAAAAAAAGAACAGAGGAAUACGAACAUGAAAAUGUGACAGACAUCGAUGUCGAAGAGGAUACCAAUAGUGCUAAACCAUCAGGAGUUUUAACAUCUCUUUGGGAAUAUAACUGUAACUCUGUAGUUAACUACAAUGUAAACAGUAUGACGUGGAACAAGAAGAACAACGACAUUCUAGCAGCAGCGUACAGUUCAGAAGACAUUUCAGACAUGCAACAAGGAAAUGGAUUUAUUUUGUGCUGGAGUGUGAAAAAUCCUGCAAAUCCAGAAAGAAUUCUUAAGGUCCCACACGCAGGUGUGAAUAGUGUAAACUUUUCUGAGACAAACGCCAGUAUCUUAGCGGCAGGUUUCGAGGAUGGUACAGUAGCUAUUUAUGAUAUACGAAGAAAAGAAAGUACUCCAGUUAUGGAAACGAUCAAAAGCCACACAGGAACUGUAUGGGAUCUCAAGUGGGUAAAUAGAGGUAAAGAUGCUGGAGAGCGCUUGCAUUCUGUUGGAGUUGAUGGUAGAGUCAAUUCUUGGACCAUAAAGAAAGGUCUUGAAGCAUCCGAAAUUAUGAGACUAAAGAGAAUUGGAAGGAGUACUGAGACUGGAGGCGAUGCAAUGAUAUCUAGAGAGUCUGGAGGAAUGAGUAUCGAUUUUUCUCCAAUAGACAACAAUAUUUAUCUUGUCGGAACAGAGGAUGGAUCAAUCUUCAAAUGUUCCACCUCUUACAAUGAUCACCCAUUAGAAACGUAUCUUGACCAUACAGGACCGGUAUACUCUGUGAGAUGGAAUCCUUAUGUCAAUGAUGUUUUUAUUUCGUGCAGCGCAGAUUGGACAGUCAAGAUUUGGAAUCAAGAUUCACUCUCACCCAUUUUCACAAUUGAGUCAUAUUCAGAGAAGAAUGACCAGCGAUCAUAUUCUGUCACAGAUGUCGCUUGGAGCAAAUACUGCUCCACAAUGUUCGCUACCUCCUCGAUCGUUGGUGAUUUGGAGGUAUGGGACUUGUGCUAUUCAACGGUUCGUCCAAAGUAUUCAAAGAGCAAGCCAGGAAUGAAAUUGACCUGUACGCUGUUUGCUGAGGAUGUUCCAAUCGUCUUGGUUGGAGACAGUCAAGGUUCUAUUGAGGUUCUACGUACAGAAGGUGCUUCAAACUCACAAGAAACCUCUCUCGAGAAAUUGCUGCAAUAA